AUGGCUUCCUCCAUUCCAUUUCAAGACCUUAACCUGCCCCCAUAUCCCACCAGUCCCAGCUCCUUCACCCAGUCCCCCAUCAUUGUUCCAAAUAUGGAACCAAAUCUAGAAACCUUUCAUGAAGGAAUGCCGUUGAUCAUUCCAGAUCCUCAAUUCUCAAGAAACAUAGAUUCUGCACCCCUGGCGCAGGACCCAAACCAGGAUCGACGCGUCUUCGAUAGGCGGUCCUCACAAUUGGUGAGGAUGAACAAUCUGACCCCAGAAGAACAGAGGGUCCUCCGGGAGGACGUGAGGAGGACGAAGAUGCUUUUUGAUUCACUGCGGAUUUCAGUUUCUUCAGAGAAAGAUGAGCUGUUCAGACUGGGUAACGAAGAAGGGCGUUCUCGAAUCCGUAGCGAUUUAAAAGCAUAUUCCACCAUGAAAAACAAGGGCCUUUGGCUAAAUCGUGAUAAGAGGGUGGUGGGCUCAAUUCCUGGCAUAGAAAUAGGGGAUGUUUUCCUUUCGAGGAUAGAGCUUCAAGUGCUGGGAUUGCAUGGGCAAAUUCAAGCUGGAAUCGACUUCGUUCCAGCUAACCAAAGCACCAACGGGGAGUCGGUGGCGACAAGUAUAGUUGUAAACGAAGGAUUCAAAGAUGAUCAAGAUUUAGGAAAGGAGAUUAUCUAUUGUGGUCAAGGUAAUCAAAUUUCUAAUCAGAGGAUGGAAGGUGGGAAUUUCGCCCUUCAAACAAGUUAUGAUCGAGAAGUGGAAAUCAGAGUCAUAAGAGGAUUCAAAUACGAAGGAAGUGAAACCGCGAAGAUAUAUGUGUACGAUGGUUUAUACAUAAUGACCGAAAUUUGGCUCGACAUUGGAAGAUCCGGGUAUCAAGUGUACAAAUUUCAACUCGAACGAGUUGAAAAUCAAGCUCGUACAGGGACUCGUGCUUUUAGGUUUACUGAGGACGUCAAGAACGCACCUCAAUCCAUUCUUAGCCUUGAUAUUUCUAUGGGUAAAGAAAGAUUAUUUCCAAUCUCUUUUUUUAAUGUUGUUGACAAUGAUUGUGGACCAAUGCACUAUAAGUACAUUUCCACAACCAUUUUUCCUAGUACGGUUAAUCUCACUCUCGAUGAAGAUUUUGGAUGUGGAUGUGGAUGUGUUGAUGGUUGUUUUGACAACUGCUCAUGUUGUUGGAAUAAUGGAGGGGAGGUGGUCACGAGUGCACAAGCACGGGAAAUGUCUAUUAAUGGAGAUCUUUUAAUCGAUGGAAAGUUGUUUGGCGACAAGUGGAAAGAAUGGGGAGAUUUAUCUAGGGCCGUCGAUGAUUAUGUGAUCCCAACGUAUCCUCCCUCGCAACCCUUGGAUUUCAUGAUAGACUUGUCUAAGUUUAGAAACUUGGCAAGUUAUAUGAGGCAUGAGAAUAACGAGCUAGUCGCAAAUGUUUUGGUGCAAAAGGUGUUGUAUAGUCAUCGUAAUAUUUUUUACCCACAUCUAAUGCUUUUUGCAAUGGAGAAUAUCCCUCCUUGUAGAGAGCUUAUUCUUGAUUAUAAGGAUGUUUAG